AUGGGAGAACCACGAUUAUUCAUUUGUCUGAAUUGUCAGGUGCCUUUGCGUUUGGAAUUGGCGCAGAGAAGGCCCGAAUCUGCAGAUCCAGAGAAAAAAGUGAGCAUUUUUAUUUGAAAAUUUAAAAAAUUUGAAGCACUAAAAAAUCACAACCAAUGUUUCGAAAAAAAACGAAGGUUUUCGAAUUUUUAUGUUAGAAAAUUGCGCAAUUGAGUUUAACAAAAAUUUAUCCUUGAAAUUUUCGAAAAUUCAACGUGACCUUGAUUAAUUUAGGCCGUGAAAAUCAUUUCUAAAAAUUGUCUGACAAGAUAUUUUCUCUUCAAUCCGGUAGUAUUUCAUGACAUUUACGAUUUUCAGAAUGAAAACGACAUCUAUGAUUCAUUCAGUGGAACAUCACUAAAUCUUUUACGACUUCUCGGAGAUGCCCAAUUUCCUUCAGAUGCCCCAAUUUGUCGAGAAUGUUCAGAUGCUUUGUUGAAAGAAAUGGAUGUUAAAUUAGCAUCACUUGAAGAUGAAUGUUCAAGUUAUCGAAAAUAUAUUGAAUUUUUGAAAGAAAAUCAUCCAAGUUCAAAUGUUCCUGAAUUGAAAACACAACUCAAAAACCUGGAAGACGAAGAAAAAAGUUUGGAAGCACAAUUAGCCAAACUUCUUCAAGAAGAAGAACAACUCGAUAAUGAACUUCAAGACAAAAAACGACAAACUGAAACAAUGAGCAAAGAAGCUGUUGAUCUUUGGAAAACAUAUCGAGAUAAUUUGAGAAAAGUUAUUGAAACUCAAGAUGAAGUAACUUCACUUGAAGCCGAAUAUCAUUAUGCUGAUAUGCAACAUCGAAAAUUGAUUGAAACAAAUGUUUUGGAUUUAUGUUUUCAUAUUUGGAUCGAAGAUAAAAUAGGAGAAAUUAAUGGAUUUCGAUUGGGAUAUUUGAAAGAAACACCAAUUGAAUGGGUUGAAAUUAAUGCUGGAUUAGGGCAAAUUGUUCUAUUGAUUGAGGUAUAGUUUUAUUUUUAUAGCCAAAAGGGAGGGGGUAGGGGUAAAUUGACAGCAACAAGAUUUCGAUGAGAAAAUGAUCUGUAAAGUUAAAAUGAUAAAAAUGGGCCUGUGCAUCGUUUAAAAAAGCUUCGAAGUUCUAAAAAUAAUUGAAAACUUGAAAAAUUCUGAUAUAAAAUACGCCCGACCCCGCGAACCUUCGCAUGAGAAACCUUGAAGUUCGCCCAACGAACUCAAACAUCAGGCAAUUUUUUUUGAAUAGAAAACUGAACUUUGUCUGGCGAACGAAUGAUACUUUUCGACGCUAUUCGAUCGACUUUUCAAACAGAUGCUCCUUAACUCGGUUCACAGACCCAUUCUAGAGUUCUUUCAAUUUUCAUUAAAAUUUUCAUCGGUAUUUUGUUGGAAUUUCUUCAUUGAUUUUCCGAACGUGAUCAUUCGGAUGGUGUGUUUCGAAGGUACUCUGAAAUCACGUCAUUUGCUCGAAAAAAUUAAUAAUGCUCAUUUUCUUCAUUAUUUUCAAUUUCAAAUCUAAGUCCAAAUUCAUUUCUAAUAAAUUCAUCUGCCGAUGACACGAAACCCAAUAAAUCAACAAAAAGAUGAUAGGUUUUAAUAAAAUUGACCAGUCUUUUUUCGUUUUUCCCCUCCCAAUCUUUCAUCUUUUUUUCUUUUUCCCAAUUUCGAACGCAUCCGAUAAAUUGACGAAGAUUUUCAUCAAUUUGUCUAUUAAACGAUGAAAAAAUAUAGAUUUUACAACUAAAUUGAAGAAAUUUUCAGAUACUUUUCGAACGACUGAAAAUCUCACAUCAUGAAUUGACUCCAGUUGCUAUGGGAAGCCAUUCUUAUAUUAAAUAUCGAAGAAAUGGAACUGAAGAAAAAUAUGCAAUGUAUGGACAAGGAACACCAUUUACUGGAACAUCGAAUAUUGAUCGAGGAAUGAAGAAGUUUUUGGAAUUGAUGGAUUUUUUGCAUAGAAGUUUGUUGGUGAGUUUUCUUUUGUAUUUCGAAGAAAUGAAUGUGGAGACUAAAAUUAAAGAGAAAAAAACAAUUUUCUGGGAACAGUUUCAGAAAUCAGAAAUAAAUGUUUCGCUAUAAAGUAUUUUUUAUUUAAAAUUGUUUGGUUUUAAAAAUUAAUUACUCGAACUUCUCAACUUAACCUUUUAGUGUCGAACUUUCAAUUUUAAAAGAGCCUUCGAUCUCUAAAAUUAUGUCUUGGUACUUUCAAAAUCGUAAUAUGACAAACUAGACAAUAUUGGAAAAUCAAAAUUGUAAAUUUAGUGCUCAGAAACUCGCGAAAAGUUGCAAUUUCGAUAAUGUAGUGAACAACGACUCUAGCCGAGAUUCUCAGAAUUUUUGCAAGUAAAACAUCACCCUUUGCGAACAAAAUAAGUACAAUUUUAUCCCAAAAUCCUUCUCAAAAAUACCCUUUUUGUCGACCAAUGGUUAGUCUCCCAAUUGUCAAUUUGCCCUAUUUUUGCCCUACUCAAAUGAAAAUGCCAACUGACUUCUCUCCCCUCUCUGAAAAAAUUGGCUGUUUUUUAACACAAUUUCUAUUUUUCUUUUUUCUGAAAACCCCGCUAUUUUUCAGGAUCGCGAUCCAAAAUUCAAAGCGGCUUUCAAAGUUCAUUCAGAUGGUUUGGUGGAUAAUGGUGUGAAAUAUAAUUCAGUUAUGAUGUUAAAUACGGAUGUUCGAUGGAGUAGAUCAAUGAUUAUGUUAUUAAUGAAUUUGAAAACGGCGUGUAUGCAGGUUGAUUCGUUAAGAGUUGCUUAA